GAUUAGCUCGCGCACAAAAUAUCAGUCUUUAAAAAGUUGUCUUCUGAAUCGGACAAUGGAACGCCACUGGGCAGUAGGACUUCUUUUUUUGGGAUGGAUUUUUUAUGCCAAGGCUUGUACGGCUCCAAAUCGCUGUGUUCCUAACGAUCGAAGUUGCCUAAAGGCGUCUGCAACCCAUUACCAUUCAAGAAAUCUGUGUGUAGACGAUGAAAUAUGUUGUGAAAUCUCUUAUGAGGUUCCUGGACGAGUACAAGGAUCUCCACCAAAAAGACUUGAGGACGCGAAAGUGGUAGUGUCUGAAGAUCAUUCUUUGCCGGCUCAGUUUCCCUGGACGAUCGCUCUAUUUAGCAAGGGUGUGUACUUUGGAGGCGGUUCCCUAAUUGCUCCCAGUGUUGUUUUAACAGUAGCGCAUUUUUGCUGCCUGAAACGGAAUAACAUUGAGGUCAGGGCUGGCUUAUGGGACAUGUCAUUAGGUACGGAUCAGUACUAUGAGGAGCGACGCGUGUCCAGGAUUGUUCGACAUAAGGACUUUAUAUACAGGACUGGGGCCAACGAUAUAGCGUUAUUAUACCUCGACACACCGUUCGUGUUAAACGACCAUAUCAGGACCAUUUGUCUAUCUAGUCAGGGAUCAUCUUUUGACAAAAAGCGCUGCUUAGUUGCUGGAUGGGGCAAACGUUUGAUGCCGCAUAGCCACUUGUCCAACAUACAAAAGAAAAUAGACUUACCUAUGGUGAACAGAGAGGAUUGCCAAAACCAGUUGAGGCGAACUAUUUUGGGUGAAAGCUAUGAGCUGUCAGCCAGUCUUAUAUGUGCCGGUGGAGAGAAGGACAAGGAUGCCUGUACUGGCGAUGGUGGAUCUGCACUGUUCUGUCCACUGGACGACCUCGACGAUCGCUUUGAGCAGGUUGGCAUCGUCAACUGGGGCGUCGAGUGUGGCAUGGAAAACGUACCCUCGACCUUUACAAAUGUGGCCAUGUUCAGAGAUUGGAUUGACCAGAGUCUGACAGAAAACUUAUUGCAACCAAUUCCUAACUGUAUUAGAAUCAACCCGAAAUAGAUUUA